AACAUGGACAAGAGCUCACAUGUUGCCACAGAGAGGAGUGCCAGGGGUUUGUACAACAGCCCGGAGUUUGCUGUUGGCUGCCAAUAUUCCCAGAAAGUAUGUUUCACAAAUAGCAGCCACAGAUUUAUUACAGAAGUUGUGAAUUUCUCCAAAAUGUCCAGGUCUGACGCUGCAGAGGAAGACCUUGAGCGGACAGGAAACACUGGCCGCAGGUGCUGGUUUCUCACGCCAUCCGACAAAAGGCGGACGUAUCUGCGGCAUGUGUGCAUGUUGCAUAACCUCCCACCUACUCUGCAUAUGAACGUCUAUAAAUGAGAGAGGGGGCAGACAAGGUGAGAGACAUUUGAAGCUCGGAGCUGAAGGUGCUGGAGGCUCAUGAUGGAUAAAGGCUGCUGGAAACUGACUCUGACCCUUGUUGUGGUCAUGACCUGCACAAAGGACACAGAAGCUUCAUUUUCCCGGCACAUGGACGACUUCAUCGCGGUGGUGAAGCAGCUGGAGGACGGGGCCCCCGAGUCAGACCCGGUCGGUGUGUUGCAGAAGCUGCGCUGGGCGGCCGGCCUCAGGGAUCCGUUCAUCCAGCACUUCCUUGGAGAUGUGGAUUCCAGUGCUUCUGAGGUGGACGCCCACCUCUUGGCUUACAUCAGGAAGUCCGUGCCGUACACGGUGACCGAUGAUGCCAGAGAGGAGGGCGUGGUUCUGACCUCCGAUGGCACCACUGUUGCCCUCAGGCCGCUGCUCCUGGGCAUCGAGGCCGGGUUCCUCUUGAGUAGGAGUGACUCUGUUCGGGCUAUGUACCAGCUCACUCUGGCCAGAGACCUCGGCCGGUCUCUCAGGCAGAACUCUCCUCUCACCCAGCGUCUGGGGCCUGACGGCUGCUGGGACAGUUUGACCUCUCCGCAAGUCUUCACCCUCUCUGACACCCCCACUCUGCUCACCACCGCCUACGUCAACGGAGGCAUGGAUGGAGUGAUCCUCGGGAUGGAGGCCAAGACCAGACCCACGCUCAGCAGUCUGCUCACAGAGUACUACUGUCACCAGCUGGGCCAUGGAGGUCUGGACGCCGCCCCGCGCCGCAUCAGCCGACGACGCAGGGACAACUUCAGGGAGCUGCUGGUCUCUCCAACGCUGGUCAGGCACGUGGUGAAAUCAGUGGUGCUGCAGCGGAGACUGGAGAGGAAGUCAAAGAUGGAAGUGAAGGAGAGGAAGAAGCUGACGGCAGCGGUGAAGGAGGGAAUGAAACAGUUCAUCCACAUGUACAUCGAUUGCCCACCCAUCAUACCUCGGUGCAUGUGGGGUGCAAAGCCGUACAAAGGAACACCCAUCAACCUGACGCUGCCUCUCUCCUUCAUGUUCAUCCACCACACUCACACGCCGGGGAAGCCCUGUCUCACCUUCCAGCAGUGCUCUGCAGACAUGCGCUCCAUGCAGCGCUUCCACCAGGACGACAGGGGCUGGGACGACAUAGGAUACAGCUUUGUCGCAGGCUCAGACGGACACAUCUACGAGGGCCGGAGCUGGCACUGGCAAGGAGCUCACACCCUGGGACACAACUCCAUCGGCUACGGGGUUUCUUUCAUCGGUGACUACGUCAGCAGUCUGCCUUCCCAGCAUUCCAUGGGGUUGGUGAGAGAUCAGCUGGCCUCUUGUGCUGUCGGCGGCGGGCGACUGGAGGCCGACUUCACCUUGAAAGGUCACAGACAGGUGGUGAAAACGUCCUGUCCUGGAGACGCCCUCUAUAAUGAGAUCACAAGCUGGGAACACUAUGGGGAGGCGAAGAACUGACGAGCGACUCGACGAGAAGAACAAACUAAACUUCACACAAUAAAUAUUAUGUUAUAAAUGUACAAUUUCCCUUUGAACACAAUAAACCACAUGCAAAUAAAAACUGGUGUCGGCAAAAUGACAUUGACUUUUUUUGUAUUUGUACUUUUAUUUCCAUUAAAGACUGAGUUGCAUGUUGCUGCUGCAGAUUUUCACCAUUUGAAUAAAAAGGCCUGAGCAAUGACACAGUCCCACCUGCGACCGGUAGAGGGCGCUAUAUUAAGGUGUAAUAAUGAGCAGUUGGGUUGUUUUUUUUAUUGAUUUGCAGCAUUUAAAGAAUGUUGUUACACAAACUGAUUAAACUCAACACAACUGAACACAACACACAGAGAGGGAUUUACAGCAUGUUGUGUUAUUUAAUUCUGAGUUAACAUGUGAGAGAAACAGAAACUUUAACUGAGUAAAUAAAUGACAUUAAACGCAGUAUCCACACACUUUAAAAUACUAUUGUUAAGUAUAAUUAUCACUAUGACGCGGUGUGAAAUGUGUUUUAUUUUCACUGUGU